UGUUUAUCUCGUUGGGCAUCGGGGCGUCAGUUGGCUGCAACGGGUUCCAGCCUGCAGGCAGCGCGAGGAGCCGCGGCCCCGCCCCGGCCCGGCCUGGCAGGUAGCAGAGGCAGCAGGCCGUGCCGGGGGGGCAUGUUGCUGUAACCAGUGGCCCAGGGGAUGUUACGGUGGACAGUGCACCUGGAGGGCGGGCCCCGCAGGGUGAACCAUGCUGCAGUGGCUGUUGGGCACCGGGUGUACUCCUUCGGGGGCUACUGCUCUGGUGAAGACUACGAGACGCUACGUCAGAUUGAUGUGCACAUUUUCAAUGCAGUGUCCUUGCGCUGGACAAAGCUGCCCCCGGUGAGGCCCGCUGCCCGCGGGCAGGCUCCUGUGGUACCCUACAUGCGUUAUGGACAUUCAACCGUCCUCAUCGAUGACACAGUCUUCCUUUGGGGCGGGCGGAAUGACACCGAAGGAGCUUGCAAUGUGCUUUAUGCCUUUGAUGUCAAUACUCACAAGUGGUCCACACCCCGUGUGUCAGGAACAGUUCCUGGGGCCCGGGAUGGACAUUCGGCUUGCGUUCUGGGCAAGACCAUGUACAUUUUCGGGGGCUAUGAGCAGCUGGCGGACUGCUUUUCCAAUGAUAUUCACAAGCUGGACACUAGCACCAUGACAUGGACCCUUAUCUGUACAAAGGGUAAUCCUGCACGCUGGAGGGACUUCCACUCAGCCACAAUGCUGGACAGUCUUAUGUAUGUCUUUGGGGGCCGUGCAGACCGCUUUGGGCCAUUCCAUUCCAACAAUGAGAUUUAUUGCAACCGCAUACGAGUCUUUGACACCAAGACCGAGGCCUGGCUGGACUGUCCAUCCACUCCGGUGCUUCCUGAAGGACGCCGGAGCCACUCAGCCUUUGGCUACAAUGGGGAGCUAUACAUUUUUGGUGGCUAUAACGCAAGGCUGAACCGGCACUUCCAUGACCUCUGGAAGUUUAACCCUGUGUCCUUCACCUGGAAAAAGAUUGAACCGAAGGGGAAGGGGCCAUGUCCCCGCAGGCGCCAGUGCUGCUGUAUUGUUGGUGACAAGAUUGUCCUCUUCGGGGGUACCAGUCCGUCUCCUGAAGAAGGUCUGGGAGACGAAUUUGACCUCAUAGAUCAUUCUGACUUACACAUUUUGGACUUUAACACAUCAGACAUGUCAUUUGAGGAGCUGUUGGAAUUACAGCAUCAAGUGGAGACUAAGGCAUACAAACAAUUGGCAACUGGAAACAGCAAGAAGAAGCAAGGUUCUAGACCACCUGUCCAAAGUGCAUGUGUUGCAGAUAAGCACAGGCCACUGGAAAUGUCAGCCAAGGUCCGGGUGCCAUUUUUGCGUCAAGUUGUCCCCAUCAGUAAGAAGGUAGCUCGGGACCCCCGCUUUGAUGAUUUAUCAGGGGAAUAUAAUCCUGAGGUAUUUGACAAAACAUAUCAAUUCCUGGAUGACAUCCGAGCUAAAGAGAAAGAGCUUGUGAAAAAACAAUUGAAGAAGCACCGUUCAGGUGAGAAGCAUGAGAAACUGCAGCAGCUUCUUCAGCGAAUGGAGCAGCAGGAAUCCACACAGCAGGAACGAAAGCGACAGCAGGAGCUGCGCCUGGCCCUGAAGCAGGAGCGGCGGGCUCAGGCCCAGCAGGGCCAUCGGCCAUACUUCUUGAAGAAAUCUGAGCAGCGCCAGUUGGCCCUAGCUGAGAAGUUCAAGGAGCUGAAACGCAGCAAGAAGCUAGAGAGCUUCUUGAGUCGAAAAAGGCGCCGGAAUGCAGGCAAGGACAGAAGACAUCUUCCUUUGAGCAAAGAAUAAUACAGAAUUUCUUCAGCUUGGCCACUGCCACAAUGAAAAAUGGAUCUGUGGGGACAAACAUGGGCUUGGUCUGUUUUAGUUCUUUCCCAUUCGGGGCAAAGGAGCACAGCUGCCCUGGAGCGAGGUUGGCUCAGAGAAGACCAGCAGGUUCUUGGAUCGCCCCUAGGACUGGAUAAGAAGAGCUGCUUAGCCUUCUGCCAUGUCAGUGCCUCUGCUUGGCUCUGGUCAUCAUGUUCUCAUACCCUCUCCCAUCUUGUCUUAAACCAAGGAAAAGGGCAGGGAGUGCCUAUAAAGCCAGUCAAGACCAUGGAGUCUGUCCAUGGUGCCCAAGGCUGGGACUUACUAUAUAAGAACCAGUUCAUAAACAUUAUUUUCACUUUAUCUCUUUUGCUCUGCUUUCUUGGGAAGGGAAGGGUUUUUGGGUAGCCUAACUCUUUUUAGUGGGCCAUGUGAGUAGGCAGCAAAACCUAAGAUUCCUGCAAAGUGUAAAGUCAGAUCAGAGACCUAUUUAAACCCAAACAGAUGACAGUAAACCAACUCCACAACUCACCUGCUUAGCUUUGGUUUUGGAUGUAAGGGUGGUUGAAGGUGGGCAUAAAAGAACUUCCCCAUCUAGGCAAAAGAAGCAGCAGCUCUCCUGCCUGCCUGUGGCUGUGCAAAUGUUCGUCUUC